CUUAGUUUCACAAUGAAGAGAGGUAGAGAGGAGGGAGCUGAGAGCAUAGACAUGGCCAACUGUUUGAUGCUUUUAUCCAAAGUCGGCCAGAUUGACAUAACCAAAAACUCACCACGUCCUCGUGCUUUUGUCUGCAAGACAUGCGACCGGCAGUUCCCGUCGUUCCAAGCCCUGGGAGGCCACCGGGCGAGCCACAAGAAGCCGAGGCUCAUGGCAGGCGACCUAUUCCACCACAUGCCGGCCUUGCCAGCCAAGCCGAAGACGCAUGAGUGCCCCGUGUGCGGGCUUGAGUUCGCCAUCGGACAAGCGCUAGGGGGCCACAUGAGGCGGCACAAGGCUGUCAUGAGAGAAGGCUUGCUGAUUAAUCAUCAUCGCCCCGUGCCGGUCAUGAAGAAAUCGAGUAGUAAAAGGGUGUUGUGCUUGGAUUUGAAUUUGGCGCCGGUGGAGAAUGAUCUCAAGUUGUGUAGUUGAUGUCGAGUUGUUUGAAGGUCAAAAAGGACAAUCAGCCAUGGAUUGUGAGGUUCAGAGAACCUCAGGUCUCUCCUUUGCUGGUAGGUUUCA